CGCGGGCGAGUCGCGCCUGCGUAGUGCGCGGGAGGCCAUGUUGGCGAGCGGGCCCGAGCGGGGCGCUGCGAGCUGGGCGGCGGCGCGGGGGGAGUGACCGCGGGGCGCGGGGCGGCGGGCGGGGAGCCGGGGCGCCGGCCGAGCGGCGACUGUGACCGGGGCGGGGGGCCGGCGCCCCUGCCCCGCAGCCCCUGAGCGCCCCGGCCCGGCCGGCCCGGGAGGGGGCCCGGCCCGCCAUGAACCCCGGUUUCGACCUGUCCCGCCGGAACCCGCAGGAGGACUUCGAACUCAUCCAGCGCAUCGGCAGCGGCACCUACGGCGACGUAUACAAGGCACGGAAUGUUAACACUGGUGAAUUGGCAGCGAUUAAAGUGAUAAAGCUGGAACCAGGAGAAGACUUUGCAGUUGUGCAGCAAGAGAUCAUCAUGAUGAAGGACUGCAAGCACCCAAACAUCGUCGCUUACUUUGGGAGCUACCUCAGGAGAGAUAAACUUUGGAUUUGCAUGGAGUUUUGUGGAGGUGGUUCUUUACAGGAUAUUUAUCAUGUCACAGGCCCUCUCUCGGAACUGCAGAUCGCGUAUGUUAGCAGAGAAACUCUCCAGGGAUUGUACUACCUGCACAGCAAGGGGAAGAUGCACAGAGACAUCAAGGGGGCUAACAUUCUGCUAACAGACAACGGCCAUGUGAAGCUGGCUGAUUUUGGAGUGUCUGCACAGAUAACAGCAACAAUUGCCAAACGGAAGUCUUUCAUUGGCACGCCAUAUUGGAUGGCUCCAGAAGUUGCAGCUGUCGAGAGGAAAGGGGGCUACAACCAGCUCUGUGAUCUGUGGGCGGUGGGGAUCACUGCCAUCGAGCUUGCCGAGCUUCAGCCGCCCAUGUUUGAUCUGCACCCCAUGAGAGCAUUAUUUCUAAUGACGAAAAGCAAUUUCCAGCCUCCUAAACUAAAGGAUAAGCUGAAGUGGUCAAAUAGUUUUCAUCAUUUUGUGAAAAUGGCACUUACCAAAAAUCCCAAAAAAAGGCCUACUGCUGAAAAGUUACUGCAGCACCCCUUCGUCACCCAACCUCUGACACGGUCUCUGGCGAUUGAGUUGCUGGACAAAGUGAACAACCCAGACCACUCCACCUACCAUGACUUUGAUGAUGACGACCCUGAGCCUCUGGUUGCUGUUCCACACAGAAUCCACUCAACAAGCAGAAAUGUGAGAGAAGAGAAGACUCGCUCGGAGAUAAACUUUGGUCAAGUAAAAUUCGACCCACCCCUAAGGAAGGAGACAGAACCUCACCAUGAACUUCCCGACAGUGAUGGUUUUUUGGACAGUUCAGAAGAAAUAUACUACACUGCAAGAUCUAACCUGGAUCUACAACUUGAAUAUGGACAAGGACACCAAAGUAGUUACUUUUUAGGUGCAAACAAGAACUGUAUUCUGUAUAACGAGUCCCUGGCAAGGAGUCUUCUGAAAUCUGUCGAGGAAGAGUUGCAUCAGCGAGGGCAUGUGGCACACCUGGAGGAUGAGGAAGGGGAUGAUGAAGACUCGAAGCACUCAACCAUGAAAGCAAAAGUGCCACCUCCUUUGCCACCAAAGCCCAAGUCCAUAUUCAUACCACAAGAAACCCAUUCUACUGAGGAUGACAAUCAGGGGACCAUCAAGAGGUGCCCCACGUCAGAGAGCCCAGCCAAACCAUCCCAGGUCCCCCCUCGCCCACCACCUCCCCGGCUGCCUCCCCAGAAGCCCAUCACCAUCACUUUAGGAAAUGGAGUGAACUCCUUCCAGUUAAAUGGCGAAAGAGAUGGUUCAUUAUAUCAGCAACAGAAUGAACACAGAGACACAAACCCAUCAAGGAAAGAAAAAAAAGAUGUACCAAAGCCUAUCAGCAAUGGUCUACCCCCCACGCCCAAAGUGCAUAUGGGUGCAUGCUUUUCAAAGGUCUUCAAUGGCUGCCCCUUGAAAAUUCACUGUGCAACAUCCUGGAUAAACCCAGAUACAAGAGAUCAGUACUUGAUAUUUGGUGCCGAGGAAGGGAUUUACACUUUGAACCUGAAUGAGCUUCAUGAAACAUCAAUGGAACAGCUAUUCCCCCGAAGGUGUACAUGGUUAUAUGUAAUGAACAAUUGCUUAUUAUCAAUAUCUGGUAAAGCAUCUCAGCUUUAUUCCCAUAAUUUACCAGGACUUUUUGAUUAUGCAAGACAAAUGCAAAAGUUACCUGUUUCUAUCCCAGCACACAAACUGCCUGAUAGAAUACUCCCAAGGAAAUUUGCUGUAUCAGCAAAGAUCCCUGAGACCAAGUGGUGUCAGAAGUGCUGUGUCGUGAGGAAUCCCUACACGGGCCACAAGUACCUGUGUGGCGCACUGCAGACCAGCAUAGUGCUGUUGGAGUGGGUGGAGCCCAUGCAGAAAUUCAUGCUCAUUAAGCGCGUGGACUUCCCCAUCCCGUGUCCACUGAGGAUGUUUGAGAUGCUGGUAGUGCCCGAGCAGGAGUACCCACUGGUCUGUGUCGGCGUGGGCAGAGGGAGGGACUUCAACCAGGUGGUGCGAUUCGAGACCAUCAACCCAAACUCUACCUCUUCGUGGUUCACAGAAUCAGACACCCCCCAGGCGAGCGUCACUCACGUAACGCAGCUGGAGAGAGACACCAUCCUCGUGUGCUUGGACUGUUGUAUAAAAAUAGUAAAUCUCCAAGGAAGGUUAAAAUCUAGCAGAAAAUUAUCAUCAGAGCUUACCUUUGACUUCCAGAUUGAAUCAAUAGUUUGUCUACAGGACAGCGUGCUGGCUUUCUGGAAGCAUGGGAUGCAGGGUAGAAGCUUCAGAUCAAACGAGGUAACACAAGAAAUUUCGGAUAGCACAAGAAUUUUCAGACUGCUCGGAUCUGACAGGGUCGUAGUUUUGGAAAGUAGGCCAACGGAUAACCCCACAGCAAAUAGCAACUUAUACAUCCUGGCGGGUCAUGAAAACAGCUACUGAGGCACCUUGUACUUUGCCAGUUAACGUAGAAAGAACGCCGCACUGCGACACUGUCGGGCACAGGAACUGGCUGCAGAGACCUGGCUUCGGCUCCUCGCGAUUUAUUGUGGCAGGAGAUGAGAUGGGGACAUUUUUUGUUUUCAAGUGGUAUGGAUAUAUUUAGCAUAUUGAACCACACAAGUGCUUAAUUCAUCGUUCUGUGAUCUAUGUACAUAUAGGCAGUAUUUUUCCUGUGAGACUUCAUAUUGCUGAAGACAUACACUAAGAGUUCAUGUAGAUAAUGUACUUUCACAAGAUGUACAAGUGUCUUAUCUGUACAGAUGUAAAUGUUGAUGAGAAGAUGCGAUCGGGGUGAAUAUUUUAAGAAUUCUUUAGUCCCUUCUUGGGCGUGGCUCACUUCCAAAAUGGGGAUGCUGGCAGUAAAACCCGUCCCUUUGACACUAUUGUAUUUUUAUGACAUGUAAUUUAGUAAGAUAAAUAUAAAUCUUGUAACUUUUAAAAAUGGUAACGGAGGCUGUAAUCAUUUUAUAAUCUUGUUUUUUAAUUGUGACGCAAGUACACUGGUGUUCAUAUUUGCACAAAGUAUUGAUGUGUGAUAUACCGAGUCACAAAAGGAAGCUGUGACGCCGUCAGCACGUGCUUGGCUCCACAACACCUGUUUUUAAAUGUCUUUGGAUUGUUUUCUACAAGAAACAAGCCAGCUCACCACCUGUUGGAGUAGUUGGUCUUUUUCUACCUAAACAGAAUCCCGUAAGAGUGCUUGUCUGUACUUAAGAGCAAUCCCUUUGAGACACAGUCUUUUGAAUCACAGAACAGCGGUAGCGUGCUGUGGCAGUGCAGUCUCCACCUGCGGUCGGUCAGUAGACCCCAGGACUGAGUGGACACUGAGCAUCACUGAAUCUCGCAGUGAAGGACUCGCACAUUCCGUAGCGAAGCGGUUUCGACUGCUAGUGGAAUUUUUGCUUUGGUUGGCCUUAUAUAAUGAUCAUUUUCAUUUUUCUUCUGAUUUAGAAUAUUAACACUUGGCCAAAAUGAUUUAGUUACUACCUCAUAUAAACAAUAUAAUGGUCACUACAAGUCACAGGAACUUAGUUUUGGUUAAAGUUGUUUUUGAUUGCUUUUUUCCAACAGGAUAUGGACAUGCCAAGUUUUAGUGAAAUGCACACUUUGGGCUCCUUUUAUUGGCAGAUGUUCUUUAUAUUUUAAUGUAAGUAUAUACACUAAGAACAAACUAAAUUGUGAUUCGUGGUCUUCAUUUAUUUUACUUGAUAAUGCUUUUAAAUAUAUUUUGUUGUACAUAGUGUAAAAUAAACAUGUUUUGUAACA